AUGUCCAACAAUACAAACUUGAAGAGAACACGCUCGACAGAAUCACUGGAAAAGGCAUUCAAGCGAUCAAGACCGUUUUAUGCUGCUGGCUCACCAGCAUCUGUGUCCAGUGAGCCCAUUUUGCCACCCAUUACCAACCCAUUCUCUCCAUCUUCUACCCGUCAAUUAGCAUCAGCAUCCACAACAGAACCAUCCAGCAUAGUAUACCCCACCAUUGUAGCAGCAUCAUCACCUCCAUCGCUAGAAACCAUAUCCAUAUCCACAAAGACAGACUCCAGUAUACCGCCCUCCCUGCACUCGUCACCAACCACACAUCAGCCACUGUCAGACUACAGCCAUGUCAACGGCAUGUUGCAUAGCCUUCAUGUCCAACGAUUUGGUGAUCCAGAGAGCCGGGAGAGCUGGUGGGAAUCGCAGGAUCAAGACAUUGAUAUGGAAGAAACGAAUGACGAAUAUGCCACUGCCAAUUCCGUUUUGCGACAAGCUUUUCUUCAACGACGACACUACGGUUAA